CCUCAUUUAUCCUGGUGCAAAAGACUCCGUGGCGGUGGGAGAAAAGUGAGAUUUCCUCGACUUUUCCCGGUUGCAUGAGUAAAAGUGGCGCGGAAAUGCCGUCUCUUGGUGUCUUUGAGCACAAUUCCGGUGCUCAGAAGGAAACUGUGAGUGAGAAAAGUGGCCAGAAGGGUGAUGAUGGUGGGAGAAGUGAUGGUGGUGGCCCAAUGGGGCUCUACAUGGUGCUCGUGCUCAUCAUCUUCUGCCUCUUCACGAUCUUCACGUACCUCCUGUACGUGCACGUGAAUCAACUGGCAGACAUCGCCGUGUUCCGUGAAAAUCUCCGAAGUGAUGUAGCUGUGGCGGAAAUCCAGGAAAUUGCUCGAGAAAUCCUGCGAAAGGAGCUGCAGGAGCAAAAAUACUGGAAUGAACUGAAUGAACAUGAGAGCCAUCAAGAUGAGCCGAGAGUGCGGAAUGAGAGAAAACUGUCCAGGGAGCGUCGUAGUACGAAUCUCAUGGCGGAGAAUGUUGUGUUUGGGAAUCCAGGUGAACCAGCUGGGCCUGAAGUGGAGUUCUUCAAUCCCAAACUGAAGCACGAGCUGGAAAAGAAGGAUACGGAGAUCAUGAAGAAAACCGGGCUGAAGGGUGCUGCUCCGGGAGGCGAUUCCUGGGUCUGGUUAACAAGCUACUCUCGCAUCCCGUACGAAGCAAUUACUGGCUUCUGCAGAGCUACAAAAGAGUACUGCCCUCCAGGUCCACCAGGGUUUCCCGGAGUUCCUGGUCCUAAGGGCAAUCGAGGGGAUGUUGGCAUCCCCGGACCUCCUGGGCUUGAUGGCAGAGAAGGAAAACCCGGUGCUAGGGGUCCUAAAGGUGAACCAGGUUUCCCAGGGAAUCCAGGUCUCGACGGUCGUGACGGUGUUCCGGGUGAACCGGGUUUGGAUGGUGUUCCAGGGCGCGCAGGUGCCGAUGGGAUUCCCGGAAAGGAUGGCAAGGAUGGCAUCCCAGGGCUCGAUGGACGCAAUGGCGAAAACGGCAAAGAUGGAUUUCCUGGCCCAAUUGGACCACCAGGACCUUCAGGAUUGCCUGGAACUCAAGGUCUCUCUGGACCACGAGGACGUCCUGGAAAGCCAGGGACGAACGGGACACCCGGGAUUCCGGGAAUAAAUGCGUGGAAAGUCAAAGUUAAUGGAACAUUCUCAAGUGAACUUCUCAUCCCCCCAUCGAUUGCAGGUUCAGAAACAAUGGAAUCAGCCAAGCCCGUAAUUGUCCACGAGGGAGAUCAUCUAAGGUUGAGAUGUGCUGCCACUGGUACCCCAAAACCCCACGUUGAAUGGCGCAGGGAGGAUCGACUGCCAAUUUCCGUUGGAUCCUGGCAAGCCUCCUCAAUGUCUGGCCACACACUCAACAUCACCAAAGUCAAUCGUGUGCAUAUGGGGGCGUAUCAGUGUCUGGCUGACAAUGGAGUCCCCCCAUCUGCCAAUGCAACGUUCUUCAUCGAAGUCCACUUUGCUCCGUUGAUUCGUGUUCGAAAUCAGGUGGUUUAUGCAUCAAAUGGCUCUCAUGCAAUCCUGGAAUGUGAGAUUGAAGCCUUCCCUGAAGCCAUUAAGUAUUGGGAAAAGUUCCCAGAAGGUAAACUUCUGGAGCAUGGAAGACGCUAUAGGAUAGAAUCCCACAUUGAUGGCUACAAGUCAACUAUGCGCCUGAAUAUGACAAUUAUGCAACCACAGGAUUAUGGAGAGUACCAUUGCAUAAGCAAGAAUGAAAUGGGAAUCACCAGAGCUGUCUUCCACGUUCAAGAUCGGAAUCCCUACAUUAUCCGUCCACUGCCGGAGCACACUGAAGUGGCUGUUUUUGGAACAAUGCCGCCCAAGAAGGAAUCACUGGAUGACCUGUGUCCACCACCACCUCCUCCUUGUCCCGAUUGUCCGGAUCCAAAGGAUUUCAAAUGCAAGGAUACAAUAGUCUCACUGUUUGACCUCAUUGGUGGCCAUCUUAGUAUCACAGCCACUGGGAACAGGAGUUAUCCAGGACUUCCCAACAGGACAAUGGACUGCGUCCUUUACGCUGUGGGCAAGCCAGUGUACCAUAAAUUCACAGAACAGAACUAUGGAGCAUGGCUGAAGGACCCAACGCCGAAGAAUGAUGCAGUUGGUGAGAAGAUUUGGGCAACAAAGGAAAACGACAGCUUCCGUUUGUAUGAGUACGCCAACAAAGCCGUCUACAGGAAUAACAUCCCGACCAAGAGCUACCGCCUCGAGAGACCCUUCCAGGGCAACACUCAUGUCGUCCUCAAUGGUUCCUUUUACUACAAUGAAAAGAAUCAACCACGCAUCAUUCGCUACGAUUUAUCCGUUGAACGGCAAGUUGCCUACAGAGACAUCCCGGAUUUGGUGGCAAAUGCAUCGGGGCAUCUGUACACGACGGAGUACAACAGCGUGGACUUCAGUGUGGAUGACAACGGCCUGUGGCUCAUCUAUGCAACACAGGGCUCCAACAAUACGCUCGUUGCGAAGCUAGACGCCCAGAAUUUGGAUAUUCUCUACAGUUGGAACAUCAGCGUCAAUCAUCGACGCGUGGGUGAGAUGUUCAUCGUCUGUGGCGUCCUGUAUGCCAUUGAUUCCGUCACAGAGCGCAACACAAAGAUCCGCCUGGCAUUGGAUCUCUACCACGGAAAGCUUCUCGAUGUGAAUUUAGCCUUUACAAAUCCCUUCCGCAAGACCACCACCGUUGGCUACAACCAUCGCUCAAAGGAGCUCUACACGUGGGACAAGGGGAAUCAACUCACCUACCCCAUUCGUUACCACGAAAUUGGGUACAAUGCCUCAUCAGCGGAGAAAACAGACGACCUGAGUGCUCAACUGCAAACGGGGGUGGAUGUCUUCCACGAUAGUGGAUCAGAGUGAAUAAAACUUUUACUACGAAUGAA